AUGCUCUUUCGCCGGAGAGGGUCUCCUUUCCGGCUUCAACUUUACGAUGGUGCCCCUAAUGGCAACGGCUACGUCGACUACCAGUCUCGCGCUGAUGCCGAUGCCCGCGGCCUCGUUGACAUCACCAACAGCGGUGCCGUUGUUCUGAGGGCCGAUAGCCGGGAGCAGGUCCCUCCUGGUGCCACCGGUCGUGCCAGCAUCCGCCUUACGAGCAAGGAGGCCUACAACCAUGGCCUCUUCAUCGGUGACUUUGCUCACAUGCCCAAGGCCCAGUGCGGCGUCUGGCCUUCGUUCCUCGCUCAGGGCAAGGGCGACGUUUCCCUCAUCCAGGGUGCCAACGUGGCUGACCACAACCUCUUGAACAGCCACACUGGCCCCAACUGCCUUGUCCCCACCACCGACGAGGUUGCUUACAGCGGUGAGCUCAUCAACAACGACUGCAACUCCGCCAACUUCAACGGCCUCACUGGCUGCAACGUUGUCGACUAUAACCCCGCCAGCUACGGCGAUGGUUUCAACGCCGGCGGCGGUGGCGUCUACGCCCUCCAGUGGGACUCGGAGUACAUCAAGAUUUGGAACUUCCCCGCGGCUCGAUCCCCGCCGACAUCGCCUCCAAGACUCCCGAUCCUUCCAAGUGGGAACUUCUGCGGUGAUCUCACUUCUCUUCGCUGGGGCAGCCAGUGCGAGGCCCAAUAUGGCGAAUGCCGGGGCUACGUCGGCCAGAACCCCUCGGAAUUCUCCGAUGCCUACUGGGAGGUGAACUACAUCGAAGUCUACGAGACCGCCGAGAAGCCCGGCCCCAAGCCCGGCCCCAAGCCUGAUGACAAGAACAAGGGCCAGCCUCACGGAGGCAAGGUCAAGCCUGGUCCCGGCGGCGAGGAGGAAGAGGACGACCACAGCAAGAACGGCGGUGGCGCUUGGGGCAAGGGCAAGCCCCAGCCUGCUGGUAACGGUGGCAAUGGCGGCAACGGCGGCAACGGAGGUAACGGUGGUGACGCCGGCGGCCACUGGCCGCGCCCCGCUGGCAAACCGGACUUCCAUUUCCCCAAGAACGGCACCCAUUGCAAGGGCCCUGGCUGCGGAGCUUGGGGCAGCGGCAGCGGCAACGGAGGCCACGGAGGCAACGGCGGCAACGGCGGUGGUAACGGCGGAAAUGGUGGCCACGGAGGCAACGGCGGAAACGGAGGCAAUGGCGGCGGCCGCGGCGGUGGCAGCGGUGGCAAUGGCGGAAACGGAGGCAACGGAGGCAACGGUGGCAACGGUGGCGGCCGCGGCGGUGGUGGCAAUGGCGGCAAUGGAGGCGACGGUGGCAACGGAGGCAAUGGUGGUGGCCGCGGCGGUGGCAGCGGCGGCAACGGCGGAAACGGAGGCAACGGUGGCAACGGCGGCAAUGGCGGUGGCCGCGGUGGUGGUGGCAAUGGCGGCAACGGAGGCGACGGUGGCAACGGCGGCAAUGGUGGUGGCCGCGGCGGUGGCAGCGGCGGCAACGGAGGCAAUGGUGGUGACGGCGGAAAUGGAGGCAAUGGCGGUGGCCGCGGCGGUGGCAACGGCGGCAACGGCGGCAACGGUGGUAACGGCGGAAAUGGAGGCAACGGCGGUGGCCGCGGAGGUGGUAGCGGUGGUAACGGCGGCAACGGAGGCAACGGAGGCAACGGCGGCAACGGUGGUGGCCGUGGUGGUGGUGGCAACGGCGGCAACGGCGGCAACGGUGGUAACGGUGGAAAUGGAGGCAACGGAGGCAACGGAGGCAAUGGUGGUAAUGGAGGCAACGGCGGAAACGGCGGACACGGAGCCCCCCACCCCGGUCCCGGCCCCGCCAACAAGACGCACGGAAAGCCCCAUAUCCCGGUCGUCGCCGGCGCUGCCACCGUUAGCGGUGGUCUCAUCGGAGCCGUCACUGCCCUCGCCGGUUUCCUUGCCUUCUUCCUCUAA